GGUUUUGUGUCUCAUUCUUGAGGAAAUCACACAGAUACACACACACUUCGGUUUGGAGUUUUGGACUAUGGCUUCAACCACUUCAGGUGAUGUUUUGCCCACAGGCAGCAGGAUCUUCACCACCAUUCCUGACAUCUUCUUCAUCCCUGAGUUUGUGUUUGGAGGUUUGGUUUGGAUCCUGGUGGCAUCGACGACAAUUCAAGACAGCAACCCACAGGGUUGGGUGAUGUUUGUGUCCGUUUUCUGCUUCGUAGGGACGACACUCUGGUUCUUCAUCUUCCUUUGUGGAGCCAAUCAGAGCAGCAUCUGGCCUUCACUGGAUGUUGGCUUUCAUUUUUUGGCAGUCGUCUUCUACCUCAGUGCAUCAGUGAUUCUGGCCUUCAUUACCAUCGCGUAUUCCAACAUAGCUACAAUACCUGAUUUUCUCAAAAUCUACAGACUGUACAUUUCCGCAGUGGUGAUGUCCUAUUUAGCCACUCUUCUCUACUUCCUCCACACCAUUUUCUCUGCCAUCCGAUGGAAGAGGUCUUAAAACUGAUCACCAAGCACCACGCACGAUGAACAAGAUGAAUUAAAAAGAAGUAACACAAUCAGAUAAUCUGUCAAUGUAAUAAGCACAAAGUAGCUUUGUUUUUGUUUGUUUUUUUAAUCCUUUCUAUUUUAAAAUCAGAAAGAUUAUUUUCUUCUUAGCCAAAGCUGAUUUUUUCAUUAGAUUCCUAGUUGCCACAUUUCAGUAGUUUCAUGACAAUAUUGCCAUAACAAGGGUGGUUUCUUUUGCUGUGUCAUGCUUUAUUUCUCCUGUAAAAACUGUGGUUGUAUUAUUUCAUCUUCUUGCUGUACACAUGUUUAUUUUGUGUGAGCGCAACUGCCACCAGUUUGGAUAAGUCCUACUUCCAAUUAACAAUAUGUAAAAUUAUUACAGAGCCAAUUUGAAUGUCAGGUAAAUGCAAAAUGCAAUAAUUCAGAGACCAGAAUAUUCAGAUUCAGCUUGUGUUCACUUAAAAGUCCAGAACACAAUGAAGCGAGAAUGCAGCCGUUUUGUUUGUUUUCUCUUUUUUUGACAGAUAUAAUAUAAAUUAUAUAAAUCUAUAAACAACUUUCCUCCUUGACCAUCUUUUGAUUCAGCUGAAAGACAAUAGGUUUAGUGUCUUUGCCCUUUUUGUCUAUACCUUUUUUUGAAUGAUGUGGAUAAAUAUCUGAAAUUUCUGAAUGUACAUUUUUAGAUGAUUCUUCAUUAAAUAUGUGUUGUAAAUCAAUUAAGUGAAAUAAAGAUGAUGAACAUUG